UGCAAUUCUAGUCCUUGCCAGAAUGACGCUACGUGUGUUUCUAAACAAAAUCGUUAUGAAUGUCGAUGUAAAGCUGGCUACUAUGGAGCUAGAUGUCAGUCCGAUUACUGCAAUCCUAACCCAUGUCAAAAAGGAACAUGUGUAGCCAAGAUUAAUGGCUAUCAAUGUCAUUGCCAAACUGGAUACUAUGGAAAUAAAUGUCAAAAUCAUUAUUGUAAGCCCAAUAACUGUCAAAAUGGUGGUAUAUGCCAAGCACAUAGUAACGGCUAUCAAUGUCUUUGCCGUCCGGGAUAUCAAGGAAAAAAUUGCCAAAAUACUUAUAAUAAUUACUUAGACUAUUGCAAGCCUAAUCCAUGUAAUGCUGGACUGUGUACAUCGAACGCCAAUGGUUUCCAAUGUUUCUGUCAGAAAGGAUUCUAUGGAAAUCGGUGUCAAUUUCAUUACUGCGAACCAAAUCCCUGUAGAAAUGGUGGCGGAUGUGCCUACCUUAACAACGGUUAUCGGUGCCUUUGUCGUGCAGGAUAUUAUGGAAAGAAUUGCGAAAAUGGUUUUUGUAAUCCUAAUCCAUGCAAAAAUGGUGGCAGAUGUAUUGCCAGCAGGACUAGCUAUAUUUGUCAGUGUAAGGCUGGAUUAUAUGGUCGUAUUUGCGAUAAAGAUUAUUGUAAGCCUAAUCCUUGCCGUCAUGGAAAAUGUAUUGCUUUCGGUAACAAAUUUCGAUGCCAAUGUAAUCGCGGAUUCUAUGGACUUAAAUGU